AUGACUGUGCCCCCGAAGAAGACUGCCUUGGUCACUGGCGCUGCCCAGGGUAUUGGCAAGGCCAUUGCUUUGCGUCUUGCGGAAGACGGCUUCGCAGUCGGUUUAAAUGACAUCAAAGACAACACCGAAAACCUUGAAGCUGUUGCCGAUACAAUCAAAGCCAAGGGCGGCAUUGCUACAAUCCACAUUGCAGACGUCUCAGUCGAAAGCCAGGUGGCCACGAUGAUUUCUAAUGUGGUUGAGCUGCAUCAUAAGAUUGACGUUCUGGUCGCUAAUGCUGGCGUGUGCAAAUAUGCUGGAUAUUGUGCGUCGAAAUUUGCUGUGCGGGGACUAGUUCAAGCAGCUGCUCACGAAUUCGGCCCACAUGGGAUUACGGUCAACGCUUAUGCUCCUGGUGCAAUUGACACCGACAUGUGUAAUGCAUUAUCUCGCGACAACUCUGCAGGAAUGACCAGCAAAGCGAUGCAGGCAGGGUCUGCCCUCGGAAUAACUGGAACAACUGCAGAUGUUGCGCACCUAGUCUCAUACCUUGCUUCCGAUUCGUCUCGUUUCCUUACAGGACAAUCUGUUUCGAUCAACGGUGGGCUUUAUUUCGAUUGA